UGCAGCUGUUUCAAAUGGGAUUCAGGCUUCAUCCGCAGACGUCUAUUUUUUCCUUGAAACACUUCCACACUAGUGUGAAUGGAAAAUGAAUAUAAAAAUCAACAACCAUCUUUUAGACGUUAUGCAACAUUUUCAACCAGAUGCUUGCAUUGAUAAGAGCAGCCCGUCAGCGGCAGUGCAGAAGGACUCAAGCAGAGUCAGCAUCCGGCACUUCUCCCCCUCCUCCUCCUCGCACACUGUCUAAGCAAUUCUCACAUCCCACCGGAGCUGCAUCUAACCCUCAUCGGCUAUGUAGAAGCAAGCUGACGACAAAAAAACCUCUGACUUCCUAUUCUUCCGCGGAUACCGUGAAGUUCGUUUGUCAGGUGUGAACGAGAACGUGAAGCAGCUGAUCGUCAGAGCUGUGCGCAACAAAGCCAUGGACCCCUGGAUGCUUUUGGCAGUCCUCGGACUCUGUGCAGCAUUUGGGUCCAGUAAACAGGAAGAAGAAGACUAUGAAGCCGUUCCCAUAAAUAAGACUUGGGUCUUAUCACCAAAGGUCUACGAGAGCGAGGUGACUUUGAUCCUGAAUAAACUGCUGCAAGGCUAUGACAACAAACUGCGACCUGAUAUUGGAGUGAGGCCAACAGCAAUUGAAACAUCUGUGUAUGUCAACAGCAUUGGACCAGUGGACCCCAUCAACAUGGAAUACACCAUUGACAUCUUCUUUGCCCAGACAUGGUAUGACAGCCGAUUGAAGUUCAACAGCUCGACAAAGCUGCUCAUGCUCAACAGUAACAUGGUAGGCAAAAUCUGGAUUCCUGACACGUUCUUCAGGAACUCCCGCAAAUCAGACGCCCACUGGAUCACCACUCCCAACCGCCUUCUGAGGCUGUGGAGUAACGGGAGAGUCAUGUACACAUUGAGGUUGACUAUUAAUGCGGAGUGUUACCUAAAGCUGCAUAACUUUCCAAUGGAUGAGCACUCGUGUCCACUGGAGUUUUCAAGCUAUGGGUAUCCCAAAAAUGAGAUCAAUUACCGGUGGCAGAGACGAGCGGUGGAGGUCGCAGACGAGCAGUACUGGAGACUUUACCAAUUUGCCUUUGUAGGGUUGAGAAACACCUCUCAUGUGGCCCACACCCAGUCAGGGGAAUAUGUCAUUAUGACAAUCUAUUUUGACCUGAGUCGGAGAAUGGGAUACUUCACCAUCCAGACAUACAUUCCCUGCAGCAUGAUUGUGGUCUUGUCUUGGGUCUCCUUUUGGAUCAACAAGGAUGCGGUCCCAGCCCGUACAUCUCUAGGUAUUACCACAGUGCUCACGAUGACGACUUUAAGCACCAUCUCAAGAAAGUCUCUUCCCAAGGUCUCCUAUGUGACUGCAAUGGACCUGUUUGUCUCUGUCUGCUUCAUUUUCACCUUUGCUGCCCUCAUGGAGUAUGGAACUCUGCACUACUUCACCAGCAACAGACAAACCAAGAAGGCCAAAGCCAAUAACGGCACACAGAAAUCAGUAAGCAUGUUAAAUAUCCAUCCUGGCACCUCCUUGCUGCAGAUGAACAACAUUGUGCCCUAUCACGAGGAAGGUGACUCUUCUUACGAUUGUUUGGAUGGAAAAGACUGUACCAGCUUUUUCUGCUGCUUUGAUGACUGCCGCUCCGGUGCUUGGCGUGAAAACAGGAUGCAUGUGCGAGUAUCCAGGAUUGAUUUUUACUCACGUAUAUUCUUCCCCACCGCUUUUGGCUUUUUCAAUCUGGUUUAUUGGAUAAGUUAUCUGUAUCUAUAAAACUAGUUCCUAAAAACAAGGCAAGUGGAGAUUAACAUCUGCAAGCAUUUCUCAGUAAUUGCUCUUGUAUAGCUGCUUUGCAAACAAGAAACCUGAAUAAAAAUCUAAAGCUAAACUAUGACUAGGCCUUAUUUUACUAUGCAUUAGAUGAUGCAUUAGAUGAGGCUUUGCCAAAAACUGACAAUAGUGAUAUUGCCCUUAAUUCUGCAGGUCAGCCGUUGGUUAUGGUCGUCAUAAAAGUACUGUAUUUUGUUUUAAGUUUAUCUCAACCAGAAAAAUGGUCUCUAAUCAUUUUGGAUCAAAGUUAGAAAAAUACAUUGUUAUUUUAUCUAGCAUUCUAACACAUUCACCAUUUAAUAUGGCAAUGGUUAUUUCUGUAAUGCAGAAGUGGCAACUGCAAAAAACAAAACAAGGGAUGGACUGUUGAUACUCUCAAAACACUUCAGGUUCUACUUCAGGAUUUGCAUCUCUGAGUAGAUGUUUUGCAUGUCAUUGUAUCCUGCUUGGACAGAUUCCGUUGCAAAUAAACCGAAACACAAUAAAUUAAUACUGCCACAUCUAUAUUUAAUUACUGAACAUUUUCAUUAAAGUGUAAAAAUGUCAUCUAAUAUUCUAAAAGGAACAAUAAACUAUUAAGGACAUCAGCUCCCUCAACAAUGCAAAAGACUUUUGUUUCAAAAGGUUUCAUUCUCGAAACUCAUUGGCUAUCGUAUUGUACGUAUUCUGCUCCAAAAAAAGAAAAUCGAGAGAAUUUACACAAAGAAAUGAAUACCAAAAUCUCUCUGGAGAUUCUCUUUUUUCUGGUGGUGAGGAAGGUAUCGAUCAGAGCUUCUGCAGCAGAUAAUGUGAAAGUGAUGAGCGGAGAAGGGCUAUAUUUUAGCGUUAUAUAAGUGGAAAAGAAGAUGUGUGGGGAGGGAGACGGAGUGGAGUUGUCGAUGGUGGGGCAGAAGUUGUUACUGGUUCAGGUGAAGGAUUUAGGGUUGAGGAUAAUCAUGUCAGCUUUAUCACAUUUGAUUUUCAGGAAGAUUGCUUGCAUCCAUGAUUUAAUAUUAGUUAGGGGAUUGAGUAGCAGUGAUGACGGCUUUUGUGGAGAUGGAGAGCUGGACAUUGUUUGCGUAGCAGUAGAGGUGGAGAUCAUGUUGACCUAUGAUGUCACCAAAGGGGAGCAAGUAAGGGAUAAACAGAAGAAGAAGACCCUGGGAGAGGCCCUGAAGCAGUCGAAGCAGUGGCAGCGGUGCAGUUGUUGAUUAUAAUGAACUGUUGUGCAGUUCUGGUGAUGUUGAGGGAGGAUUCCAGGCGGGAGAGAUGGAUGUUUAGGUUGAUGAAGUUGAUGAGGAUGAGAAUAUUGAGGGGAUCAGCAUCUGAGGAGGGGAGGAGGUUGUUGGUGACUUUGAGGAGAGCUGUUACUUUUCAACUAACCAUGUCAUGACGAUCUACCCCCUCCAAUCCGAGGACCAGCCAGCUGACGGGGGGGUGACCGGCCGCUAAGUAGUAGCGCAAAGUAGGUGCAAAACGAGUCGAAAACAACGUGCCUCUCAUCUGUCAGAAGGAGGAAACCGUCACAAGCAUCCCGCACACUCUUGGUCAUGACCUUACUGGAGUCAGCCUGGGUUGCUUUAAAAAUAAAUUAAAUGUGUUAGUAAGCAAGUAUCGCUAAUAAGCCUUAGUUUCGGUCAUCUCCCUCACUAGACUGCGCAUAUGUGACGUCCUAUUUUAUCAAUGCCCCGCAAGUUAAACACAGGACCUUCUUGCUGUGAGGCGACAGUGCUAAGCACCACACCACCGUGCCGCCAGGUAGAUAACAGCAGUUAUAAAUUAUUUGUGCGAGUAGAUUCUAUGCAAAGUCCAUACAAAGAUGCGAAUGGUUGCAGAGGAAGUGAAUUUUCACUGGCAAAAGGAGCAAAGCGGAAAAAUCGCUUUUUUGCCAAAGAAAAAUUUGUCCUACGCUUGCGAAAACCAAUGAGUGUUGAAAUACCCUACUCGUCAUCAUUGCCGUCCUACUGCCAGAGUGUAAAUGUACUUUAUGGUACAGCCACUCACCACAUACAGAGAUUGAACGCCUGUAAGUUAGUUGGGGACUAACCAAGAGAUGCUGGCACUGUUCCAAACGAACAGAUCAUCAAACUGGCUACUGGUUUGCGUGAAAUAGGGUGUAAGAGGCAGCAAGAGGCACAUCCCGGAGGAGUCAGUGAAGUUCAAUCGCAAAGUACAAAUUUGCCUCAGGGCAUUACAAUCUGUACACGUGUAACAUGCUCUGUCCGGAAACCGUCACAUUGUCACAGGAAAAAACUCCCCAAAAAAUAUAAAAACCCUUCAAUGGAGAAAAAGGGAAGAAAGAUUAAUGAAAUUCAAAUAAAUAAAAGUUAAUGGUUAUGAACAACCUUGCUUCAUUUGUAAAUUUGUCCACUCAUAUCUUGAUUAUAAUUGAUUUACUUAAUUUUUUUUUUCAACAAAAAAAAAAACGAGUAGCACUUUAAUAAAUAUUGACCAUAUUUGCUGUUUAUAUUGCUUCUAAUUGGGAUGUAUAAAACAUCAGUUGACUAUUUUAACAUAAAAUUGUUUGAUUGUGUUGAAUUAAAAAAAAACAAAUGCAGCGGGUCCAACAGACCCACAACACCUGAGUAACAAAAAAAUGAACACAAGGGUUAAGGAGAAUGUCAGAGGAGGGAUUCCAUCCCGGAUUCUCCCGGGAUGGACAGACUGCAAUGGAUGUCAUGUGGACGGAAUGAACAAUAUAAAGGAUGUACAAUAAACAUUAAAUUCCUAAAACAGAUGAUCCAAAUAUUGCAAGUAGUAAGUCAGGUGGAGAACAGGAGGACAGGACCACCACAGGGUCAACCACCAUCUGAUAGAGACAACAUCUACAGAAGCAUUAGGGCAGGGAAAGUACAAAGACUUUAUGAAAUAAGCAAAGCGUGUAAUGUUAGCGACAGUAAUAGUAAUAUGAUUAAUAUUUAAAUUAUUAAUAAUAAUAAAAGCAUCUGCAGUUGUCAGCAUAUGGCAGGGUCCAGACAGAACCACGAUCUCCCUAAGGUUUCUUCCCUUUUUUGCUAUAAGUUCAUCCACAUAACAACAAAGCAACAGUAGCUAAGGAUAUCAUUUAGGGCAGUGGUUCUCAACUGGUCUGGCUCCGGGACCCACCCUCACCCCUUUGGGGGUGGGGGGGGGGGGUGCUUUCGCGUUCUAAUUGCCGCGCUGACUGAAAACAUCGACGGUCGAGCCGGAAUAAAAUCCACACUCUGCUGCAUUAGAGAAAGUCCCUUCAAAGUAAAAUCACAGGAUACAUUUUUUUUUAUAUAUAUUUUUUUUAUUUUCCCAUGCAAAGGCCCGCGACUGGUGGGUUGGUGGCCAACACUGAUUUAGGGCAUGUUAUGUUAUUUAGCUACUACUACUACUAACUACUGAAUUUGCUUUUAUCUAGAUGAAUUAUAAAAUCAAUUAUUUGGUGAUUUCCAUUUUAUUUAGUAUUUUUCAAUUUGUCCUAUGGCCCAAAAAACUUUUCACAGCAAACAGGUUUAUUGUUUGCCUUGCUUUCCACUUUGAACCCUUGUUCUGGCAGCCGUUCAUGGUCUGUCUGAGUGUCUAGGCUUGUUAGAACGACCUCUGUCAAUCCCUUGUCUGAAGAGGAGGAGCAGGAUGAAAACCAACCUUUGGCCCUGACUUAUUCCCUCUGAGCCAGCAGAAUUCAGACCAUUCAAGUUUUCUCUUUAUACGUGCAUAUCUCGCGGUGUGCACAUGGCAAUUAUUUUAUUAUUAAAGUCCAGAACUAAAAUGGACAAAAUAUCAAUACUAAACUACCUACAUGUAGUCUUGUAAUCAAAUAAUUGGAUUAUUUACUAACUGUUGCAGUAUAGGAGGGUGUAUUUUUAUAAUAUUUUAUCAUAGGUUUCCUCUUGAGCAGUAGUUGAUGCUGCUCCAGCCGGGCAUAAAAUCCUCAGUAAUUAAAAACAUGGGAGGCUCUACUAUCUGCAGAACUGUAUCAGAAAUACAGAUAAAACUGUAUCAGAAAUACAGAUAAAGCAGUUAUGCCAUCAGACACUAAACCAAAGUGCUCCAUUAUUUAACUGGUAGACUGUCGAGACAGCCACAUAUUUGAUAUUUCAUUUUACAUUCUGAUGUACGACAGAAACAACUCCACUGAAUAACAAUUUUGGGAUGGGAUUCUGUCACGCUUGCAGGAAGCCCCAGUAACGAUUACAGCAGAUAAUGUACAAAUAGUUUUUGUCUGGUAUAGUAGAGGGUCUCUGUGAGUUAUAACUUGUGUGUUUCUCUUUAAAGUAAUGUACAGGUGAAACUCGAAAAAUUAGAAUAUUGUGCAAAAGGUCAUUUAUCUCAGUAAUUCAACUUAAAAGGUGAACUAAUAUAUUAUGUAGACUCAUUACAAGCAAAGUUAGAUAUUUCAAGCCUUUAUUUGAUAUAAUUUUGGAUGAUUAUGGCAUACAGCUUAUGAAAACCCCAAAUUCAAAAUCUCUGAACAUUUUUGGCAGUGUGGGCAAGUGCCAAGUCCUGCUGGAAAAGGAAGUCAGCAUCUCCAUAAAGCUUGUCUGCUGAAGGAAGCAUGAAGUGCUCUAAAAUGUCCUGGUAGAUGGUUAAGUUGAAUUACUGAAAUAAACUUUUACACGAUAUUCCAAUUUUUCGAGUUUCACCUGUACUGAGUGUGUUGGUAGUAACACAGUCAAGUGUGACUGCCUCUACAUUUUAAUUCAACAAUGCUGUCAAACCACCAACAAGGUCAAACUGUAGCCAAAGAAACAUUAGAUCUCAUGAGGCUGAACCCUUUCAAUCCAACCCAGCUGUUACAUAACAUUAUAUAAGGUUACAGUGCACAGACUUACUCACUGUUACAUAUUUGCCCAGCUGAGGGCGGUUAAUAGAGUCCAGCGCACUGUGUCACAUUUAUUGAUCCCUCCUCCAAUGGUGUCUUUUCCCACAUAGUAUUCUGACGGCAGGGGAAAAACAACAGUAACACAAUACAAUGAGAUUUUUUGUUUUCAAGUUUUCAAGGUCAUGUUCCACUUCAUAAUGUAAAUAAUAAAAUGAACCAUUGGUCAUUUACUAUUGAACCUGAAUCAUGCAUAAUUUUGUUAUUUCAUUCUCAAAAAUGACCAUCGAGUUGAAUCAACACAUCUCUGUGUUCAAGGAUAAACUCAUCUAACAUUGCAUAAUCUCACUCUGUCAACAAAUCCUGCAUUUGCCUUGGCCCUUGUGAAAUAACAGCAGGUAGUUGUAUUCCUCUUGGACAUAUGCUGGAGUCUGGAAAAUUAUGAACUUAAUAUCUUGAGGUUCUAGUCAGAAUUUAGGAUGUUGUAUCCCAUUUUCAACUGAACUUGUGGUACACAAUGUCAAAUUCAGUUAAGAUGUUGUCACAUUGUGCCAGACUUCUUUGACAUGAAACCUGAUGAAUUAGUAAUCUCAGACAAUGUCUGUUCUUAGACUGAUAUGGUCUGUUUGCUGAGUACACAUCCGGCAUUGGUAAUGGGACUUGUGUUGCAGAACAUUCCAGUUUAUCCAUUCACAGAAUAUAUGACCUACUGAGAAGUUGGACGAUACCUGGAAGAGAAAUCUAGUGACAGUGAUAGGAUUCUCAUUGUUAAAUGUUAAAUAUACAAAACAUGUUAUAAGCGGUCUGUCCACUAUUAAAUUGGAAAGUCAUGAGAUAUGUAAUAGAAAUAUUUUUUGAUUUUUAAUUGUUUUAUCCAAAUGUGUAAACAUCAGUAAAUAUGAAGAUGGCACACUGCAAAAAUUAAAAAGGUUCAGAUUUGCCUGAAAUAAAAAGCACUUUCAAGAUGAUUAUCCGUUUGGAUUAAAGCAUUUUGAGCUCUCUUCCGGAUUAUAGCACAAUAGGUCAACAUUCUCAGCAAUAGUUGAUUUUGAUAAAGUGAAGGACAGCUUUUUAGAGAUGUUUUAGUACAGGCAGUUUAGGCGAGAUCUCCAGAAUUUGGGUGUUUGCAUCAUUAUGUGCCAAACUGACAUUUGCAUUUUGUGUGAAAAAGUAUUUAUUAUGAGCCAAUAGAAUUGAACAUGUCCUUCAAAAUGGGAUUGAGAGCACUAACCUUUGAACCUUUCACCAAAUAACAAAAGCUUCUAGAAGCCCCAAGACAGUGCUCGUUAUUGCUAACAGGAAGUUGCCGUCUCUUAUGAAAUAAUUUUUCCAUUAGAAAAUGUCUUCAUGCCAAACUGCUAAGGUAAGGGACAUUUUAAAAAUUAUGAUGAUUUUCAAAGUCUGUAGAAGACAGGCUCUCAAUACACAAAGACAAACCAUUUGGUCACGAUGAGGGUGCAAUGUGGGUGUGUGAUGGCUUCUCAACCAAUGAGAGCAUUGGACCUAAGAAGGCUGCAGCUGCCAACAUGCACCCAAACAGAAAAUAACUGGUGGAGAAAUCCCUUCCAGAAGGAGUUGAUGGAACUAAAGUUAAUACUACUGUGGCGUUUUUAAAUACACACAAGACGUGUGAACGAGCUGCUCUUAAUUGUAACCAGCCAUGCAGUUAUUCCCCCAGGUUGUUCCAUCUAAAUCUCAGGCACUACAGAUACUGCUUCUUGUGAACAUCAAUGUACCAACGUUAAUUUACAACGGUGCCACAACUACUGUUUAUGCUGCCGUCUGAAGAACUGUUGAGAAAAAAACAGAUUUAUAAAUGUUAACUUGCUAAUAAAGUGUUUGCAAAAAUCACUCAACUAUCCAAACUGUACACUCAAGGAGCAAAACAUUAGUCCAGAUUUGCACCACUAUAAGCACAAAGUCAGCCUCUGUCAGGGGGGGGGGUGCGUGGGCAAGGAGAGAGGACUCAGACGCGGAUUUUUUACAAAAAUAAAAGGACUUUAAUAGUCGAAGAAUAAAAACUAAACUCAAAACCACUCCACCCGAGAAAAAGGGGAAGGAGGGAAAAACAAAGACCUUACAAAAGAAACACGAACAUGAAUUCCAUACGUGGCAUGAUGAAGACGAGACUUGCAGACAACAGAAGACAAUGACGCGACAAGAGACAAGAGACUCACAAGGCUUAAAUACACAAGGGAGGUGCAGGUGAUUGGACACAGAUGGAAACGAUCAGGAACGGCAGACAAUCACAGGGGAAGACAGGACAAAGCAGGAAGUGAAGUUACCCAGAAACACAAGAGACAUAAAACUACAAAAUAAAACAAGACAAGAACCCAAACCGUGACAGCCUCACUGUUUGCAAAACUAUACGCACAGUGGUUUGCAAAACACUAAACACAAACAUUACACACAGAACAUACAUCCAGGUGUCACUUCCUUUAAAUUGCAAAGCAUUGAUAGUCAAAUUACCAAACCCAUGUGCCACUUGAUUAAAUACAGCCUUCAGGUGCCCAAAGACAAGAUUGCUUAAUUGUACACACACUAAUUCAUUUUAAGCACCAUGAGAUGCAGCAGGUGGGUUUACCUCAGUCUCAGUCAUCUUCAACCAGAAUGGAAGGAAUGAAAAGAGUUAGGGUUAAAAGGGAAUGAUUCAGAUUUAUCUUUUUUGUACUGGAUGCAAUGUUACGUUUGUCUAAUGCAAAUAAACGAGAACUUAUUUCUUGUUGUGAAUCUCCAUGUUGACUAGUUUUUUUUUACCUUAAAUACUCAAAGCACAUUUUCAAAACUCCUCACACAUUCAGCGACACACAAGUGUAUACGGACCAAACUGAAUCAUUCUUUAAAGCUUUCAGA